AUGAUUGAAGGCAUUUCGGAGCAAAAUGAAGUAUUAAAAGAUAUUCUAGACGAAGUUACAACUCUUAAAGAAAGGCUUGUUCAAAUGGCAGGGCAAUUACGUGCAAAAGACGAACAAAUUUUAGAAUUAAAAUCAGAACUUGAAAGUAAGAUAAAAUACGAUGAUACAAAUGAUUCAAUUAUCUCCAAUUUAACAAGGAUAUGCUCUGACAAAGAAAAAAAGCUCUUGACAGGAUUAUGGAAUUUAUCCGGAUCAAAAAAGCUCGAUCUCAACAGUUUAUCAUCAGAGAAUGAUAUCUGUGAUACAGUUAUGCUAAUUGCUAAAUCAGAACGAGAUCCUGAUGUGUUAUUACCAGCAAUCGGAUUAAUUACAAAUCUUUGCAGUGUCAAUAGUUUCAUUGAUGAAUACGGACCAAAGGUAGUUGAUAUCAUUCAAGAUCUCUGUCAAAAUGAGAUGUUCGACGAAGAAUUUGAUACAAUUUCAGGAGUAAUGGUAUUUUGUAUCAUGAACAUGACGAAAUCGAAGAAUAUGGCCAUAUAUAUGUGUAACAGAGACAUUAUUUCGUUCAUUUUCAGUAAAGAAAUUAUUAUUGAAAAUAGAAACUUGUUCCAGAACUUGAACAAGAUAAUCUUCAAUCUAAUAAACGCAUUGAAGAGUGCUGAUGAUGACUCGAAAGAAAAAAUUCUGAGAUAUUUGUCAGAUUCAGCUAAAUAUGACUUUAUUCCUCUGGGAACUAGGAGAGAAAUUGCUUCUCUCGUGCAUGGCUACGAAUAA